UGCAUAUCAGAUCUUUAUUAAGCCUCAUUGGGAGGACAGCUCUGUCUCAGGCGGGAUGAUGUCCUCCAGGCUGAAGUGGCUGAUUGUGAUUCAGCUCCUGCUGAAUGAGGGGGUCCUGUGUCAGGUCCCACCUCCUCCAGUGCCAGGGGAGCCUCUGCCUCCAGGAGCUCAAGUCUCUCAAGAGGAUGAGGAGAUGGCUCAACUGGAUCAUUCCUCAAUUCCAGCAUCCCAAUUCCAGCCCCGUCUCUCACCCGAAGAAAAGUCCACUCAGCAGUCAGUGCUUGCACAAAAUGAUGAGAGAGUGGUAUCCGCUCAAGUCAUAACAUCAGUUCUUUGGGCGAACCUUCAGGGGAAGAUUCAGGAUCGUCUCCAAAUUCAUGGAAAUAUCAGCUGUGAGGAGCUGCUGUCUGCCAGCACCGUGGACGACCCGCUGUCUUCUGCGUUCCCCCAGGAGCUGCUGGGUCUCUCUUUAGUGCCUGUGUUGGUGGCGAUGGGCUGCCCAAAGGAGGCACAGACCCUGACCAUGAAACUGUACGACCUCCUGGGAGUGGCGGACACAAAUGAGCUACUGAUGCAAGUGGAAGCUCUGAUAGAGGGGAGGAUGAGCAACUCUAAUACAGAACCUCCGUCAACAGCUUCAUUUUCAGAGAAAGAUCAAGCGAGACAACACAUGGAGGCAGUGAUGUAUAACAUUCAGCAACUGGCAGGGAUGGAUGACAGCACGUCGAAGCAGGAUGAUCCCCACUGUGAGGGCUGGAGCAGGAUGAAUGGGACCAUACUGAUAGGAAGGGCUGUGGAAGGAGGCACAGGUGGACUGGAGGAUGCAGUGAGUAGCUGUGAGAGGCUGGGAGUCCUGUGUGCCGGAGUGACCAGCACCGGGGCUCUAACUCCUGGGCUGUACGAGGCCGUGCUGAAGAAAGGCAGCCGCAUCCUGCCGUCCGUCGCCACCGAGUCCGAGUGCUGGAUCCGUCAAUGCAGCGACGACGCUUGGACCGCCGCCACUUCGGGUGGACGGAUGAAGCGCAGCGCCCAGCAGAGCUGCAUUAAUCAGAGCGAGCAGCGUGUGUACAACGUGGUGGAGUGGAUCCCUGCAGUCAGCACUCUCUACAACCUCGGCACAGCUGUGUAUUACGCCUCGGUCAACUGCUCAGAAACGGCCAAGGAGAGGGCCAUUCUUAGCGCCGUCGACCUCGGAACAGACGCCCUCAUGGUGGCUACAGGCGGGACGGCGGGAGUGGCAGGCUAUGCUCUGGGGGCUGGGGUGAAGACAGGCGUCAAAGCUGGAGUCAGGUAUCUGCUCAACUCCAUGAAGGAGGAAGAUGAUGUGAUGGUGAACCAAACCAGCUGGGAGCAAGGCAUCCUCACCAUCCAGUAGACUGACAAACCAACACACACCCUCUGAAGCUGUGACACCUAA